GGGAACGCGCUGGAGGCGCUGCCGCCGGGCCAGGGCCUGGGCCCCGCCGAGCCGCCGGGCCUCCCGCAGCUGCAGAGCCUCAACCUCAGCGGCAACCGGCUGCGCGAUCUGCCCGCCGACCUGGCGCGCUGCGCCCCGCGCCUGCAGAGCCUCAACCUCACCGGCAACUGCCUGGACUCCUUCCCCGCUGAGCUCUUCCUCCCCGGCGCGCUGCCCCUGCUCAGCGAGUUGGCGGCCGCCGACAAUUGUCUCCGGGAGCUCAGCCCCGACAUCGCCCACCUGGCCUCGCUCAAGACGCUGGACCUUUCCAAUAACCAGUUAAGCGAGAUCCCCUCCGAGCUGGCGGACUGCCCCAAGCUCAAGGAGAUCAACUUCCGCGGGAACAAGCUGAGGGACAAGCGCCUGGAGAAGAUGGUCAGCGGCUGCCAGACGCGCUCCAUCCUGGAGUACCUGCGCGUGGGGGGCCGUGGUGGCGGCCGGGGCCGGGGCAGGACAGACGGCACAGACAAGGAGGAGAGCCGGAGGCGGCGGCGGGAGCGGAGGCCACGGCAGGAGAGCGGCGAGGAUGCCGAUGCGGAGGCCGCGGGCCGCCUGCUGCUCAGGGUCCUGCACGUCUCUGAGAACCCCGCGCCCCUGAUGGUCAGGGUGAGCCCCGAGGUCCGGGACGUGCGGCCCUACAUCGUGGGCGCCGUCGUGCGGGGCAUGGACCUGCAGCCCGGGAACGCGCUCCGGCGGCUCCUGGCCUCCCAGACUAAGCUCCAUGAAGAUCUUUGCGAGAAGAGGACGGUGGCAACCAUGGCAACCCACGACCUCCGUGCAGUCCGAGGGCCCCUGGUGUACGGGGCCCGGGCCCCACAGGACCUCAAGAUCAUCCCCUUGGGGCGGAGAGAAGCCAAGGCCAAGGAGCUGGUGCGGCAGCUGCAGCUAGAGGCCGAUGAGCAGAGGAAGCAGAAGAAGAGGCAGACAGUCUCAGGGUUGCACAGAUAUCUUCACUUACUGGAUGGAAAAGAAAAUUACCCGUGUCUUGUGGAUGCAGAUGGUGAUGUGAUUUCUUUCCCGCCCAUAACAAACAGUGAGAAGACAAAGAUUAAGAAAACCACUUCUGACUUGUUUCUGGAAGUAACAAGUGCCACCAGUCUGCAGAUCUGUAAAGAGGUCAUGGACGCUCUCAUUCUGAAAAUGGCAGAAAUGAACAAAUACACUUUAGAAAAUAAAGAGGAAGGAUCACUCUCAGAUGCUGAAGCUGAUGCAAUGUCUGGACAACUUUCUGAUCCCAAAACGAAUCCAGCUGCUGGGAAGGAUGGACAUAGCCCGCUGGUGGUGGAGCAGGUGCGGGUGGUGGACCUGGAGGGGACCUUGAAGGUGGUGUACCCCUCUAAGGCCGAUCUGGCCACCGCCCCGCCCCAUGUGACUGUGAUCCGCUGACGGGCCAGCUCUGGCUGUCAGGCCGGCAAGCUGCCUGUUUGCCUGUUUCAGAGAGGCUUAUACGUGCUGAUACUAAAUUAUUCGUUACAUUUUCACCUCAGCAUUUUUUAAGAUAGAUGUAUUCUUUGUUCAGUUUUUCCAGAUGAUUCUCUUGUAAAGUGAUGCUAUGUUGUCAUUACAACACCAAACUGA